AUAAAAGUGAUUCUGAAGACAUGGUGUCUGACAUUGGUUCUCCACUAUCUGAUAAAAAUAAAAGCCCAGAAAUCCCUAAAACAAGACCUCCCUCCUCUGCAGAAAUUACCGAAUUGCUCAAUGCAAAUGUCAACAUUACCCAAAGCACAACUGCAGCUAAUGCCAACUCUUGCACUGGCAGAGCUGCAGUCAUAAACAGAGGUGAUCAAGCUUCUUCCAGUGAUGAUGCUGACACGGGAGCAGAUAACACAUUGCCAAAUGACAUUACCACCACCAUUGCCAACCAAAACACUGGUGCCUUUGGCUGCCUCCCAUGCAACCAAGAACUUCCUGAAGAGAAGGAGUCAGACAAGCAACCAGUCCAAGCCAUCAAAGUAAUCAAAGUUGCCAGUGCUGCCACGUUUGGCAAGAACAGAGAAUUAGAGCCUAUUGAUCAGCAGGUUGAUGAUUCUGACAGCAGUUGUUCGACUCCAAGUCUUAAGAAUUCAGAAAAGGUUGCAGAUGCUCUAACCUUAAGAGUGGUCACAGGAUCGCAGGACCAGAAAACCACCAUAGAAGGCAAGAAGCAAAAGUCUGCUGAAGUGUCUGCAGCUUCUUCCACACCAGGGACUCAAAAUCCAGUGCCUGCACCCAUACAAAAAGCUCAGGAUACAGCACAGUUACGUACUGUAAGGAAGUACCUUAUGAUACCUUGUGAUGAAACUAAAGGAAUCAAGCCUAUCCAAACCAGUCCUUCCACACAAGCCUCUUCAACUGCAAAAUUGUUAUGGACACAAGAGCAUGUUCAUACUCUUCAAUCACAACCUCAAAAGCAACAGUCUGCACAGCAACCUCAACAGAAGCAACAAUCUGCACAGCAACCUCAACAGAAGCAACAAUCUGCACAGCAACCUCAACAGAAGCAACAAUCUGCACAGCAAAUUCAACAAAAGCAACAAUCUGCACAACAACCUCAACAGAAGCAACAGCCUGCACAGCAUCCUCAACAGAAGCAACAGUCUGUACAAUCUGCACAACAACCUCAACAGAAGCAACAGCCUGCACAGCAUCCUCAACAGAAGCAACAGUCUGUACAAUCUGCACAACAACCUCAACAGAAGCAACAGCCUGCACAGUAUCGUUAUUUGAGACAACUGCUUGCACAGGAAACUGAACACAUGCAACAGCCUCUACAGCAACCACAACAGAGACAGCAGCCUCUACAGCAACCACAACAGAGACAGCAGCCUGUACAGCAACCACAACAGAGACAACUGCCUGUACAGCAACCACAACAGAGACAGCAGCCUGUACAGCAACCACAACAGAGACAGCAGCCUGUACAGCAACCACAACAGAGACAGCAGCCUGUACAGCAACCACAACAGAGACAACUGCCUGCACAGCAACCACAGCAGGCACUGCUUGUACAGCAACCACAACAGAGACAACAGCCUGUACAACAACCACAACAGGGACUGCUUGUACAGCAACCACAACAGGGACAACACCCUGCACAGUAUCCACAACAAAUACAACAUCUUCCACAGGCACUUCAGCUGCAGUAUCACAAACAGAUUUCGCAACAAGAUUUAAGGUCUUCAUUCAAGCAAGUAUAUAUACAACAGCCAAUGCAGCAACAGAGUAUACGUCACACUUCUGAGAUUCCACAGCAACAGCAGGUAUCAGCAUACUCAGCACAGUCGCAGGGUCCACACCAAUCACAUCUGCAGCAGCAGGCAUCUUUGCAGAUGCAAAUGCAGAUGCAGACUGCAAACAGAGCGGUCCUCUACCAAAAUCAGCAGUCACAACAAAUGCAGAUUCAGCAGAACUCUCUGGGUCAGCUGAUCCUCAGGGAGCAGAUACCCUCAGAGGCACCUAUCGUAUCGCAAGCACCUAUGUCUAAUCACGGUGGCCAUUUACAUCAAGGACCAUCUGGCAUAGGAAACAUGAACACAGGCAUCCAGCCUCAUUUUCCUCAGGAAGCAAGUGUCCUUCCAGUCUCAAAUGUAAGUGGAGACAUGGCUCAUGCUCAUCAAGUGAAUAGGGCCAUGACGGGCCUGUUAUAUCAAGUGCCAUCAGCAUCUAGUAACAAUACUGAGCAGGGACAACAAACCAGUAACAGGUUAACAGCUUCAGUGUCCAUUGCCACAGCACCCAUUACAACAUCUGCCAUCACCAAUAAUGUGGCGGCAGAACCCUCACAUAUGCCAAGCAAUGCUAAGAAAAAUACCACAGGCAAAGGAAAUGAGAAUCAGCAAGUCUGUCUCCAAGGAGUACAUGAGACUGUCCCUUCUUUGCAGCAUACAGUUCAAGCCUCUACACAAAGCCCAGGUGCAGAUACUAGUGAAGAAGAUAGUGAAGCUUAUCCAGGAAAUUGGUGCUUCAUAUGUGGCAAAUUUGGAGGACUCACUUGCUGUAGUGCUAUCGUCUACUGCAGCAAAAUAUGCCAGAGUAUAGAUUGGGAACGACACUCAAAAGAAUGCUCCUGGAAUGUGCAAGCUUAGGCUCAGUAUUCUAAGCAGUAAAGAAGAGACCAAAGGUUAUGCGCCCCUGCUGCUACGGUUUUCCAACUUCAGUUGCAGAAAGGAUUGCCUAGUUUGUAAAUAGCAGCCAAAUAUUUUCAAUAAAAAGUUGUUUUUAAAGGGAUGGCUUUAGAGGGAAUAAUCAUUGAUCAUUUAAUACACUGUGUUUUGUUUGUGGAUAAUAAACUAUGUGCAGACAUUUCACACAAAAAAACUAAGAUGAGCACAUUUUCCCAGCAACAUUGGGUUAACAGAUUUGAUUAAGAUUUAUAUUUCCUUUGUAUACUUUUUUUUUUAUCCACUGACACACACAGGCUAUUUUAUAAACAUUAUGUAUAACCAAGUGUCUUAACAUUGGAAAUUGUUGAUAUUUUAUAAAUUAAUGCUGCUAUUAUUGUGUAAAGGAUGAGAUGCCAGGGAAAAGGUAUUCUUCAUACUGUGUGACUAAGGUCACAGUGAUAUAUAAGAAUAUUUUUUUAUUGAAGGAUUGCUUUAGGUGCCCUAAAGAACCAUUGUUAUGUAUUUAAGUAUGUAUUGUACUUCCUGUAUAUAUUCACUGUAUAGUAAUGGCAGUGCCACUUUGUACCUUAGAUAAGUCACAAUCAUUUUUAGCUUUCAUAAGGGCCAUAUUUUUUCUAAUCUACUGACUGUUUCCUUUUGAAAAUAAAUUUCCUUUACUCAUA